AUGGCGGUCAAGUAUUUCGGAGCUAGGCUGGUACUGAUCGUCGCGUUGGUGGCUGGAUCUGAUCUAUCUCAGGCUUCAUCAGCCACACCAAAGUCAGCUCCAACAAUAGCACCCGUGGCGGCGCCGCCCACGCCGGUGGCAACAACACCAUCAACCACCAUUACGCCGCCCGCAUCAUCUCCGCCGUCCGAUUCCCCCACCGUUUCUCCCCAUUCUCUUCCCACUUCCCCUGCCGGAGCACCUGGUCCCGCUACUCCUCCGUCGUCCAUCUCCACUCCUCCUGGUGUUUCUACUCCUCACUCCUCCCACCAUCAUUUUCUCUUAUCUCUCGCCUCCCACUGCCAAAUCUCUGCCGCCACACCUCUUCCAUCUCUCUAUACCCUCAGCCUUUCACUGCCACUCCGUUACUAA